AUGGAUUCAUCUCCAAAAGAACCAUCGGUCGCUCUUAUGAGUGAAGUUCAAGAAGGCAAUCCGGAGUCCACACAUAUUCCAAACACAGAUCAUCAAAACCUUUCAGAUACCAUUCAGCCAUUUUUACAAAAAGCCCUGAGCAGCCCCAUCAAUACUGGAGACAUUCUGGCCAGCAUCUUCUCUCCAAUUUCAGAUAUUGAUAACAAUCUCAUCCCACAAACCAGUCACAUCACCUGUCCCGUCCUUGAAACAAAGGCCAGAAACAACAUCCUCCUCUACUCAGGCUCUUUCAAUCCACCUCAUCAAGGCCACCUCGCCACAAUCCGUUACUUUCACGAGCGCCGCGAGGAUCUCGGAAUCACCGUCAUGUUUGUUUUUGUAGACCCUGGCUCGAUUGUCAACAGUAAAAAGAAGAAAUGGGGUGACAUCAUUCUUCCACAAAAUCUCCGCUACAAACUCUUCUACCGGGUCCCCGAGAUUUCUCAACUUGUAGCGUCUGGAUGGCUUCAGCUUUUCGUAGGAGAUAUGAACAAUCACAUCCAAGUCUUACGUACAAUGACUGAUCUGAUUUCGGAAGCUGGAUUUGAAGUCAAGUUGGUAGGAUUGUUGGGUGGUGACAAGCUGACUGUCGAAAGCGCUCCGCAUUUACAUCCGGGGAACCUGCAAGAAUGGGGUCCGGUUGAUGAGUUUCUUAUCAUCAAUGCAAGGAGACCGGUAGAUUUUUUCGAUCCCAAGAAUGAAAAGGCUCCGAGAGAUCUACCAGGCUGCACGAAGUGGGAAAAAGGUGCGGAGGAGAGUGACAAAUUGGUUAAUGGGUCAGAGGGGGGUCCUGGUGUGUUGUGGAUAUGCGAAGCGUCGACCGUACCUGGAAAACCGAUAAUUCAAUUCCGUGCCUCACAAAGCAGUGCUUCGAAUGGUGUCAGCUCUACGAAUAUUCGAAGAAUUAUGACCGAGGCUCCAGAUGAAGAGCUGAUGGAGGAAUUGAAAGACAAAGUCAUUAGCGUCGAACUCCUGGUAGAGUGGUUACAACAUCAACGAAAUCAAAAGCAAGAGGUCGCAGAUGAAAAGGCUUUCCUUUAG